UGCAAUUCUCAUCAAAUAGCCACGGGCCAUUUUAAUGUCAGAAGUGUAGUGAGAGGAAGAGGGCCGAACAACCGGGAGGAUACUAGCUGACAGCUGACUGGACCUUGAACUUCUUUCUUUUAACAAUCAAGUAGCUGUUGAAUGUCAGGAACAAAACUCGGAUGUCCAGAUAUCAUCAAAGUAAUGGAGAGGGGUUCAUGUCUGAAUGGAGUAAGAUAAGAGACAAACCCAGGGAAGGGUGGGCCUUCUGGGGACAGCAUGUGUGUGAAGAUAAUGGAGAUGGGACCUCCUUUACACGCAACCCUGAGCUCUUGGCAAGACAGUUGUUCCGUUUGAUGGAGGAGACGCAGUUGCUGAGUUUCAAGAGUGUCAUGGGGGAGAAGGAGCAACCAACUGGAGAUCUCCAUUUUGUGGGCACGAAGGAGGAACUGAUUAAAGCAAAGCGUUCUUUCAGAACAGUAGAGGGUCGAGAUAUACUGGUUGUCUACCACCAGGAAACAUUCUAUGCUGUGGACUCUUACUGUUAUCAUGCUGGAGGAGCGCUGGUGAAUGGAGACAUUGAGGAAAUUAAUGGCAAGCUGUGCGUAAUUUGUCCGAAGCACAAGUUCAAGAUCUGUUUAGCUGAUGGGGAGGGCUUGUACAGGGGCGUAAACCCAAGGGAAAAGCCACCUGUUCCCAGAUGGUACUCCAAGGGUAUAAAGCAGCGGACCCACACAAUCACAGAGACUGACGGCAAGGUUUUUGUUGAGCUAUCCAGGCAACCGGGAUGGAUCGAAUCAGACUACUACCAAGGAGAAAAAGGCAAGGUGGAGAGAGCUAAAGCUGAGGCCGCGGAUACAGGAGAAUACGUUACAGAUGAUGUUUUUUAAAAAUGACUUCUUAUUUGCUAUCAUAACUGUUUAAUGAGAUCAACCCAUAUCAGCUCUUUCAGUCACUUCAGGAUAAUUGAUUAAUUUUUAGCUUAGUCAACUUUGGUGCAACUUGUUUCUGUAAAUCAUCAGAACUCAAUAAAAUCUUCUGUGGAUUCAUUUGAUUUGUUUCUCUGGCACUGGAGAGUGGAAUGAGACAUGUGAUCAUGCUCUUCUUCUGCAUUUUCCUCUCACAUAUUAUGCAUACAGUGAAUCAGUCAGUGCUUCAAAGAGCUGCGCUGAUCAAUAAGGUUCUGAAGUGGAAAAUUGUUUAUGAAAAGAUGCAUAAAUUAAAACAUCAUGCAACAACAAAGAGUGUAUCACCCAU